UAAACUUGCAAGUAUUGUUGAUUUGGUGAGUCUAGAAGACUGAUGAAAUUAUAUCCACCACAAGUUUGAUAUAUAUUCAAUGGAGGUAAGUAAAAUAUAACUUUAUAUAGUUCAAAGAAAAAUACAAGAAUGUCAUGAAUUCAAAAUAGACAUGAUAGAUAUGUAAAAGAUAUAACAAGAUGCCAUGCCAUGAUUCAAGAUUUUUAAGAUAAGUAUGAUGUCAUGAUUUAUGAAUUAUGUAUGCAAUAUAAGUCAUUCUGAGUAUGAUCUUUCAAGAAAUCUCCUCUUGAAUAUCUCACCACAGUUAAUCAUCAUUUUUAUAAAGGUCAAGGGAACCCCUUCUCGAAUAUCUCACCACAAUCAAUUAUCUUUACCAUAAAGGCCAAGGGAACUCCAUCUCAAAUAUCAGAUCACAAUCCGUCACCUUUGCCAAGGGAACUCCAUCCGAGCACAAUCAAUUUUUUCUCUCCUCUUCUUGUUUUCUUCUUCUAUUUUCUUUAAGCUAAAAGAACUCAUUGACUACUAUGCUAUUUCAUGCUGGCUUGAACUUAGAUAAAACUCAAUUAGAUUUGGAGUUUUGAAACUUUUUUUCUUCCUGUUUCCAAUUCAUGAACUUGCAUUUGUUAAUUUUUCAUUAUCGUGCAGCCCCUUAUUGGCUUUGGAGUGGCUUAAGUUUUAAACUCACAACAUCCGGACUUCAAAGAAGAUGACUUAGUUUGGAGGAUGACAGGAUGGGAAGAGUUCACUCUCGUAUCAAAGCCUGAGACCCCGUUUAAAAUUAAAUACACUGAUGUUCCUCUUUCUUACUAUACAAGCAUUCUUGGUAUGCCUGGUCUUACAGCUUAUGCUGGAUUUUAUGAGAUCUGCACUCCUAAGAAAGGUGAAUACGUCUUUGUGUCAGCAGCAUCCGGUGCUGUGGGUCAGCUAGUUGGACAAUUCGCAAAGUUGAUGGGCUGUUACGUUGUUGGGAGUGCUGUUUCUAGUGAAAAGGUUGAUCUGUUGAAAAGUAAGUUUGGGUUCGACGAUGCUUUCAACUAUAAGGAAGAACCUGACUUGAACGAAGCUUUAAAAAGGUAUUUUCCCGAGGGCAUCGACUUCUACUUUGAAAACGUGGGCGGUUUGAUGCUUGAUGCAGUACUAGUGAAUAUGAGGCUCCAUGGUCGCAUUGCAGUGUGUGGUAUGAUCUCUCAGUAUAAAGGUGUGCACAACUUGCACUACAUCGUCACAAAGUGCAUCCAAAUGGAAGGGUUCAAGGUGUUCAACUACUACUCUUUGUAUCCUCAAUUUCUGGAGGCGACUCGACAAUGUAUCAAGGAAGGGAAGAUUGUUUAUGUGGAAGACAUAGUCGAAGGGCUUGAGAGUGCUCCAGCAGCCUUGAUUGGACUCUUCACAGGACGCAAUGUUGGGAAACAGGUAGUUGCAGUUUCCCAUGAGUGA